UGCGAUCUUCAUCCCCAACAUGCAUCCGGACAGUUUCUAUCGAGUACGCCUCCUCAAGGACUUCAUCCGAAUCAUCAUCGUGCCUUCGGCCACUCUAUCUGUCCUCCUGCGCACUAGUGAAGUGCGACUAGGGCUGUUUGCAAUCCCUACCUACGUCGUCUUCAUCGCCGUGUGGGGCUAUGCGCGCCUUCAGUACGGAGACUGGAUGCAUCGUCGCGAUGCACGCCGCAUGGGGUCACGGCCUAUCCCUCGGGUCCGCGGCAAAUGGCUAGGGAAUCUCGACAUCUACCUUCAAUUGAUCGCCGCAUACCAUACCAGGUACCUCGGUUCUUUCCAUUUGAAGCUAUUCGAGGAGUAUCAGUCGACGACUCUGAAUCUCCGGCUACUUUGGCAAGACUUUAUUAUCACCAUGGACGAGAAGCACCAACAGUACGUCCUGGCAACCGGAUACGACCACUUCUGGAGAGGCGUUGGGCAGAAGGAGCGCAUGGAGCAGUUCUUCGGCGCUGGAAUCUUCAACCGUGACGAUCAGGACUGGAAGAUGCAUCGUGCACUUGCUCGACCAUUCUUCUCUCGUGAUCGCGUGACGGACUUUGAACUCUUCGAGCGGUAUACCGACCGCACGCUGACGCUCAUGUCGUUGCUGUGCGAACGCGGUGAACCGGUCGAAGUGCAGGACAUGUAUGCAAGGUUCACUCUGGAUGCCGCCUCCGAGUUCCUCUUUGGUAAGAAUGUCGACACCCUCUCCGGCCGACUACCGCAGCCCGGGAAGACGGAGAUGAGCGGCAAGGGCUCUGCGACAGGCGACGAGUUCGGAUCGUUUGCGCAGGCUUUCGAAGACGCGCAAGUGCUGGUCAUGACGAGGGUUCGGCGCGGGUACUUCUGGCCGAUAUACGAACUGUUCACUGGGGACCCGCACAAGAAACACAUGGCAGUCAUCGAGAAAUGGCUCGAGCCAUUAGUGAAGGAUGCCCUGCAGAACAAGCUGGAUAUGCAGAAGGGUGGUCUCAAGAACCCGUUGGAUCAGAGCGUGUUCCUACAAUAUCUGGCGGACAACACGGAAGAUCCGAAGGUCAUGCGAGAUCAGCUCCUAAACAUCCUACUAGCCUCUCGAGAUACGACGUCGUCACUCCUCACAUCUGUCACGUACUUUCUCGCGAUGCAUCCGGAUGUGGCAAAGCGGCUGCGUGCAGAAGUCUUGGACUAUUGCGGCGUAGACAAGGCUCCGACAUUCGACGACAUCAAGAACAUGAAGUACAUGCGCGCAGUCAUUAACGAAACUUUACGUAUAUUCCCGCCAGUGGCGGUGAACUCGAGAGAAAGCAGGCCGCACCCCAGCAUUCUGCCGAAGUCUGACGGCACCUACCCGGAGCCCGCAGAACCUCUCUACAUGCCUCCGCUCGCAACGAUCGCGUACUUCACCGUUCUCAUGCACCGCAAUCCAGCGCUCUGGGGCCUAGAUGCAGACCUCUUCGACCCGGACCGCUGGCUAGAUAAACGCCUGUCGAGAUUCGUCUCAAACCCUAUGAUGUUCGCUCCCUUCAGCGCUGGCCCACGAAUCUGCAUCGGCCAGAACUAUGCUCUCAAUGAGGCGUCGUUCUUCCUGACGCGUCUCAUGCAGCGGUUCGAAACCUUCACGCUCGCACCAGAAGCUCAGCCCGCUGGUUCGCUCCCUCCACCUGAGUGGAAGGAAGGCAAGGGUCGCGAAACUUUCGAGGAACUGUGGCCUAACUCUGCUUUGACGAGUUACGUUAAGGGUGGGCUAUGGGUCAGACUGGGUCAGGCGGAAUCAUGAGGGCAGUCGAGACCAACUCGUAGGACCGUGGCUCCGAUAGAGCGGUUGGCUAGUACCUCUCUCGAGUGGUGAUUCUUGCUUAUUCGCCACUUUCCAUUAUUUAUUGCUAGCUCCUGUACUACUGCAGUCUGUAGCUUAAUCGUAUGGCACGUCGUGGAAAGUUGGGUAUUGUGUCCGGAAUACAUGAUAUCGGCUGGCA